AUGAAUCCUAACGAAGAAGGGCAUCCAGUAUCAGCCAACGGUGCCAUUCAGGAUGUAAAACCAACCGUUGAAGAACUGCCUGCAACUGCACAAUUAUCGCUUUUAGAUCGAUACCUUUAUGUUUGGAUCUUUGCAUGCAUGGUGCUAGGAGUGUUAAUAGGAGUAUUCGUGCCCUCGAUUCAAAAUAUACUGGACUCUGCUCAGCUCGUUGGGGUGUCUGUGCCUGUUGCUGUGGGACUGCUGGUUAUGAUGUAUCCUGUCCUCGCCAAAGUGAAAUACGAAACAAUCCCCUCUCUAAUCGCCUCAAAACAUUUCGUGAGCUACCUAGCACUAUCAAUCUUACUGAACUGGAUCCUCGCUCCAGCUCUCAUGGCUGCACUGGCAUGGGCAACGCUUCCUGAUCUACCGGAAUAUCGAGCUGGACUUAUGCUGGUUGGCACGGCACGAUGUAUUGCAAUGGUGCUGAUUUGGAACAAGUUGGCACAUGGAGAUGCAGAAUGGUGUGCUGUGCUUGUUGCGGUGAAUUCGAUAUUGCAAGUGAUCUUUUAUGGUCCGUUAGCAUACUUUUACGUUGUUAUUGUUGGACAGGGACCAACGCUGGGUAUCGAUAUGUGGUUGAUCUUCAGAAGUGUACUUGUGUUUCUCGGUAUACCACUAGUCGCAGGAGCCCUCACUCGUUUAGCUCUGAGAUUCUCUAUGCGUCGCAGCAUGACCAAGGAGAAAUGGAUGGCGACUCAAGCUAGAUGGUACGAUGAUACAUUCAUACCCAUUAUUGGUCCGUUCGCGUUACUGGGAUUGUUGUAUACGAUCGUGAUUAUCUUUGCUCUUCAAGGCAACGCAAUCAUACACAACAUUGGACCAGUAUUCCGUGUCGUUGUACCACUGCUACUAUACUUUGGAAUUGUGUUUAUCUCAACAAUCUACAUUUGUGCAAGACUCAAAGUCACAUUCCCAGUUGCUCUUACGCAGUCGUUUACAGCUGCAUCGAAUAAUUUCGAGCUAGCUCUGGCUGUUGCGAUCGCCACAUACGGAGCUACUUCUCAAGUCGCACUAGCAGCGACAAUUGGACCACUGGUAGAAGUGCCCGUGCUGUUGGGAUUGGUAUAUGUUAGCAAGGCCUGCAAAAAGUAUUAUCCGGUUGUUGAUGAAGUUAGUGAUGAGACUGUGGACCAAGACUCGACUGUUGAGAGCAGUAUUGAGAUACCACAUAAUCGACGAGUUAUAUCUAUGGAGUCAAAGUAG